CUGUGCCGGAUCCAAAUGGUUGCGUAUCUAGGGCCAGGGCGGGUGGUUAGUAAACCGGCGAUGUCAAGCUCCGGAGCGGGAGUGGACGUGACAUGAGUCAGAUACACUACAAACCCCUUCAAAUGAGUGGAUUCGGCUAUUUCAGGCACACUUGUUGCUGACAGGUGUAUGAAAUCGAGCACACAACCAUGCAAUCUCCAUAGACAAAAACAUGUCAGUAAAGGCUGAAACUUGAACAGGACCACCGAGUGCUGAAGCACGUAGCCUGUAAAAAUCGUCUGUCCUUGGUUGCAACACUCACUACUGAACAGAAAACUGUAUUGAGAUCAAAUGUUGAAUCGAUUUUGCAGAAUGUCGGCCAAAAUCCUUCUCCUUCCUUAUUCUCCAACUGCUGGGAUAAAAUCCCUCUCACUACCAUAUUUGGUACUGAGUAGAAACGCCAAAGGGAUGCUUCACAUUUGUACAUCCGUUGAAAUAUCUGUCUCAUUGUUCUACCUGUGUUAUCGUUUUUACACUCUGGAAGGGCAAAAAAUGUAGCUAGCUCUUGCACUCAUGCUGCUUCCUCAUCUGGCAGACACCAUUUGACAGCUAUUAUUCAAGUAUUUGGAGUGCGGUUUACUCAUCCUACAUCCAAUCACAGAGUACGAUGUUGCGCUUCCAGAAGCUAAACAAACAUGGCAGAACCCCAUGUCGCCGCAUAAACUGAAGGUUGCUGUAUAUUUGGGUUGAUUUGACACACAGAAAGCAUGCUGAGCUUGUCAAUAAGAGACGUGCCCCCAAAGGUCCACUGGAUCCCUUUUGCUGUGAAGGACAACACAGAGAACAUCAAGAACACUUGUGCCUCAAAUGCUGAAAGAACACCUGGAGCUACGCCGCCCCUUACAGAGAGCAGACUGGGGCUGACCCUGACUCUGACUGGGUCAUCACGGAAGGCAGCUCUGGAGGAAGUGCUGCAGCUAUGGCCUCUCUCACCAGCUUCCUUUGCCUACACCCGUAACCCAGGGGCCCUGUGUGACAUAGUGGCCCUGAAGCCAACCUACGGCGUGGUGUCCAGACACGGCCUCAUCCGCCUGGCCAACUCGAUGGAGGUCCCAGGUAUUCUCCAAGGCCAUGAUGUCAGACUCUACUACCAUAAUCCUUCCACACUGACAGACCUAUCGGGUGACUUUGAUGUCAGGAACAUCUGUGUGGGCAUUCCCAAGGCCACCGUAGUGGCCAUGUAUGCCACCAGGGAUUUAACAAUGUUAUACAAGGAAGAAUCCUCUCGGGGAACUACUUCCUGCUCAGACACAGGUGCGUUGUCUGAUAGCAGAGGACUUCAAGCAAGUGUCCAGCUCUGGUGUUGACGUGCUGCUCACGCCCACCACACUGAGUGAAGCCAUGCGCAACACUGACUUCAUGCAGGAAGACAACCCCACACGUAGUACCCAGGAGGACAUCUUCACACAGCAACAUGGCAGGAAAUAAUAUGUUCAUCAUUUAACUCUCCCUUUUCAAAGGAAUUGGGUUGGAAUUCCUAUUUCGGUCAACCCUUUGAUUACAAAUCCAGAUGAAGGUCUAUCUGAAUCAAAUCAUCUCCACCAGGGAAGCUGAUAACUUUGCGGGCAGUUAAAGUUUAACCCAUCUUUUAUAUCCCCCUCAUAGUCUGGCCUUCAAACAACCUUACCGUGCCAACCCAUCUCCCUCUCGACUUUCUCACAUUUACCCCUCCAACUCUCUCAUUUUCUGCUCCAGGACUCCUUGCUGUUUCUGUGACAACAGCGUUAUCGAGCAUACCUUCCCAUUGGCCUGCAGCUAAUAGGCCCCACCCUCCCGGACAGGACACUGCUGACAGUAGCCCAGUGGAUAGAGCAGAAGGUGGGCUUUACACCUAUCCAUUACCAUGGAGAUGCCGUACAGGGGGAGCAGACCUCAGUUGUAUGAGGUGAAACUAAUGAAUACAGAGCUACUCAGAUGAGUGACAUUAUCAUGGUCAUGUAAAGGACAUACUCAAAGAUGUAUCGCCUUUUCUGGAUUUGUUCUGAAGUUACUGACUUCCAUUAAAGACACUUUAUUACUUGC